CGAGACGGUCAUUUGCAGCACUCGAGCGACAGUGAUGCUGUACGACGACGUGAACAAGAAAUGGGUGCCGGCAGGGGGUGGGGCCCAGGCCCUCAGCCGCAUCCAGAUCUACCAGAACCCCACCAGCAACACUUUCCGGGUGGUGGGCCGCAAGAUGCAGCCGGACCAACAGGUGGUAAUCAACAGUGCAAUCGUCAAAGGGCUGAAAUACAACCAGGCCACCCCCAACUUCCACCAGUGGCGUGAUGCCCGCCAGGUUUGGGGGCUCAACUUUAGCACCAAAGAAGAGGCCGGGCAGUUUGCCAGCGGAAUGUUGCAUGCGCUGGAGGCGCUGGAUUCAG